GACCAGCGCAGUCUCUCCAUAACUCCAUCCAGAUACCGCAAGCCACUGCCUAAGGAGAAGUUAAUAAUGGCGCACAACAAGCCACGCGGUAGCAUCUUACUCUUUGACCCGCUACAAUCGCCUGCGACGCCACAAAGAGAACCAUCGCCGGAUUCGGGCAGUUCGGACAAGGAGAACGACGACUCGCCAGGGGAGUUUACUAUGCUCUUUGAUCGCGUGUAUACGUGCCAUGCUACGCCAACCAAGACGUACAAUGGGCCUCUCAUUGACCUAGGUGGCAUGACUCCUAGCAUAUCGACUCCAGCAACGCCAGGCGAUCUGCUUGAAGGAGACGUGUCUGACGACCAGGCAAGCGAUAUGCUAUCUGGUCUCUCCAUGUUUCAGCAGGAAAACCCAUCUCUGCUCAGGAUCCCGCUUGCAGAGAUUGAGCUGGAGAAACCGCCCCAGUCGAAACGACGUCAGGCUCGAUCGCCAUUGACAAAGCGCGCACAUUCGCCCGCGAAAAAUCUGUAUAUGCCAGCGGCCCAGAACACAACUGCUGAUCCUCCGGGCACGACGCUCUCGGACAUCAUCAACUCAAUAAACUUAUCUGCCAUGGCAAUCUCCACACCGCAUCAUCAGAGCUCGCUUGUCACACUGGACGUCGUGGCACCUUCGGCUCCCAAAUGCGAAGAUGAGGGGGCGGCAGCGGAAGUAAAGAAACAAGAGCAGCAAGUAUACAGGCAGGAAGAAGUGGAUGUUACCAAUCAGGAAACAGAAACUACAGCUGAUGAUACGAUUGCGAUGCCUCACUCAUAUUCUGCCACCGACAUUGACAUCUCCGCCUACUUCGACUCUAACUCGCUAACGGAAAUCAUCCUUCCUCCACGGACCGAUUCGCCCUCGGAUCAUCUUUUUGCUUCCACUGCUUCCAUGCUAGCUCCUCCCGUACGGAAGGCUCGCAAGGGUCUUCUCGUAAGAGACGACCCUCAUCGAGCUUCGAUCGACCUACAGACGUCAUUCAGCAUGCACAUGCAAUCUGGUGAACUGUCAUUCGACUUAAUGAACGACAAGGUGUCGUUCUUGGGUUCAGAGCGAGGAACGGACUCGUUCUGGACCGGCGAAGAAGACUCUGGUGUUCAUGCGCAGAAGGAAAUUAGUAUCGCUAAGGGUAGAUCGUCGGAGAAGGCGCGGAGGACGAGUAUUGACUCCGAAGUGAACCUCGCCAUUGACUCAUUAUUACUGACAGACCAGCCGGAAUCGACCGCGGAAUUGUCCGCGAUGCUUCACGUUUCUCAAGCUGAAGAUUCGCAUGAGGCCAUCUCUUCAUCGGUAUUCAGUCUACCGCCGAAGGCAGCUGCUCCGGAUGUGAUUCCGACGCCUAAAGUGGCUGCGCGUCUUAUCGUCAAGAAAACGCCUCCAGUGCAUGCCCGGGGCAACUCAUCUGUAUCUGCGGAGUCUUCGCUGGCUAGCUCGUGUUCAAGUGAAGGCAUCUCUAUUCAAAGUGCAGGAAGCAGCGGCUGCAGUACUCGAGCUACAUCCCCAAUCAAGAGCCAGACAUUGGCAGGGGGAGUGAAACCCGCAGCAGAAGUGGCCUCGAUGAGUCAAAGAACGACUUCCAUGACCAGAUCAGCAGUUAUCGUGCCUUCUGCCUCCCAAACCACAUCGACCGGCCCAACGAAAUCUCGCGAAUCUCCGACCGGACCUGGCUCGGCUAUCGAGCACGAUGCGUCAAGAGAUGCAUCAAGACGUUUCGCAGCGGCAGGGGUGCAACGUCCCAGCGUGCAGCUGGGCGAAAAAGCCAUGCCGAGUCGCAGCAUGCAGGCCAGACCUAGGCUCCAGAAGUCCAGCACGGCAGUGAGCAAACCGGAGAGAACGCAUAGCAACGCGACCAAGGCGAAUGGUAUCGCUGCUCCGGCGGGAGGGGUGAAGCCUCCUGCAGAACGUGCUAGAGCGGGUGGUGCGGUAAGCGGGCUGCCGAGGCUUGCAUCGCGGUUGCUUGCCCCUGGGAGCACCAGCGGGAUUCCGAGGAGUAAAUGGUAAGUAUUGCGUCCAGGGGCUGCCGGCAGUGUCCCUGCGAGAAGGUACCCGUGAAGCAAUUGAAGGAGCCUCACCAGCGAAGCUUCACGCUUUCGGACGUCUUGUUAGGCUAUCGCGUAUCAGAUUAUUGUAAGCGUGCAUGUGUUCUGUUCGUGUUUUUACCUGUCAAAUUCAAUUAUCUUUCCCGGCA